AUGGCGGGUAAUGGAAGACUCGCAAAACGAUCGUCGAAUGCUUGUGUGCGAUGCCGGAGACAGAAGAUCAAAUGUUCCGGGGCGCAGCCCUGCGAAAAGUGUAGCAGGCGAAAGCUCACUUGCGUCUUUGAUAACCAUGACCAGAAAAUCCUGGUAACAAGAGGUUACAUUCUAGACCUGCAGCAGAAGAUUGCGCGUAUAGAGCAGAGCCAGAAGGGCCAAGUGAGCCCUUUCAGCCCGAAUUUCGAUACUCAGACAUUUGAUCCCAAAGAUCGCGAAGAUGUACCUCCUUUGCAGAGGACUAGUCCUCCAGAGGAUCUUGAUGAAGCCCAAGACCUGGAGGAUCUGGACUCUGGGCUAGCUAACCCUUUGUCGUCCGGUCCUCCUGCAUUUAUGUCUGCAGCAAAUGGUCGUACAUUCUAUCUUGGAACAUCAUCCAACUGGUCGUUCACCCGGCGAGUCCUCAGCUUGGCACAUCAGCACCUCUAUCAGAAUGUAUUACCUACAGAAACUCUGAUAUUUGAUGAAACGACCUAUGAGCUGGGAUGGGAUGGGUUACGAACAAGCCCGGGCCCAGAUGUUCCAGUUGUUCCGACUCGCGAUCACACCAUGUAUCUGAUCAACGCCGUUCAAUUUCGGUGCGGGCAAUUGUAUCACCUUUUUGAGGAAGGAGAGUUCAUGAGUUCUCUGCAUCAGUACUACUUGGGAGAUGGGCAAUCUAUGACAAAUAGCUUGUGGUACAUCCAUUUUCUCCUCAUCCUGGCCUUUGGGAAAGGAUUUGUUCAACCCAAGGCUCAAGGUAGAAAACCACCAGGGGUGUGCUAUUUCGUCAAAGCUUUGCAGCUUCUGCCUGAUCCGACUGCUCUGUACCGUGAUCCUAUGCUGGGAACGGAAAUCCUAUGCUGCAUCGCCUUAUACUACCAGUGUGUUGACUUUCGAACUUCGGCACAUAACUACAUCGGACAAGCCAUGCGGAUGGCUAUGGCACAAGGAAUGCACACUAGUAUGCCAGUCGAGGAUUUAGGACAUGACAUGGUUCAAAGAUCCAGCAAAAUCUGGUGGACUAUUUACAUUCUGGACAGAGAAAUGACAUCGUUAAUGGGUCUGCCUCAGUCGAUCAAUGACCGAUAUGUGCAAACCCAGCUCCCCACCUUUGCAGACCCAUCAGAGACAAUGUCAUUGGGCAUGCACAUCAAAUUGUCCAAGAUCAUUGCCGAGGUGAACAGCACAAUAUAUGUUAUCAAUGGGCGCUUUAAUCGGACUUUUCUACUUAGCACAAAAACAGCAUUGGCGAACAUCGCAGGGCUUGCCGAUGAGCUUCGCGAGUCAUUUCCGCUACACUUGGACCCAGGCAGCGGGGUUUCUCGAAUAUCAGCAUACUUACAUCUUCAAUACCACCAGUGUAUUAUCCUGGCCACCCGACCUCUCCUAUUCUGCUUUCUUAAGAUCCGCUUCGAGUCCCCAGAAAGCUGUUUGGAAUCCCUCAAUGCAUCCCAAAAUGUCCGAAACCUGAUGCAAAUGUGUCUUGAAUCCGCCCAGAACAUCAUCAGCAUUCUCUCCAGUUUGCAGAGUCAAGGCCUCUUAGAAACCUUCCUCCCCUUUGAUCUAGAAUCAGUCUUCGUAUCCACUGUCAUCCUCCUCAUGGGACCAGCGAUCGACCCGCGAGUAUUAGAGAGUCACCCCAACUGGCUAGAGAAAGCCUAUGCCAUCUUCGGCGAAAUGAUCAGAGACGGAAACCAAGUUGCUAAAUUUCGGCGAUCCGAGCUCCAGCAGCUACACGAGACAUUACUAGGCUGUAUCUCUAGUGAUCGGCCUCGACACUUAGCAGUCCCUGACUUCUUCCAGCAGGCUGAGAUCAUCUCUGACCCAGCUUCUCCUUCUUCAACGCCGAUUCCUGGGGCUAUGGCUCAAUCUAUUCGAUAUAAUGAUGCGCUUCUGAGGCCGGAUCCUGGUUUGGAUGUGGAGUGUGAUUUUACUACGAUGCUGACUUCGGCUGAGGUUAUGGCUGUUGCGAACUCGAUUGAGAGUUAUGAUACUGAGUGGGUGUCUAAUGCGAUGAUAGAACAUAGUAUAUGGUAA